AUGCUUCUUCAAGGUGAUUUUAUUGACUUAGAUUGGCCAUUCGAGUCCAAGGAACUGAGAACCAACCCAUCCUUCUCCAGGGAGGGCCAAAAAAUCACAAUCAAGGUUCUCAUUAGUGACCUGAACUUCCUUCAAGCUCUCAAGUUAACCAUUGAACCAGAUGAUUAUCCUUUGCUUGGUGCUUGUGGUUCUGUGGUUGACAGAAUUUGUGUUAGGACUAAGAAAGAACUUGGGUAG